AUGUCUUUACUGGAUAAUGGCUCUUCAGAGGUAAUUGACCCUGAUACGUAUUUUCAAACCCACGCACCAUCGCGAACGUUAAUUGAGGACGAAACUCGAGUUAAAGAAUUUGUAAAUAAACAUUAUGAAGCUGGUAGAAAGAUAGCUUUAGUUACGAGUGGAGGGACUACAGUUCCACUUGAGAAUAAUACUGUGAGAUUUAUUGACAAUUUCAGCGCCGGGACUCGUGGUGCUACUUCUGCUGAAUAUCCUUUUGUCCUUUCGAUUAUUUAA